CAGCUCAUCACUGAGAGAGAGAGAGAGAGAGAGGGAGUGCGUCGUCGUAGUCUCCAAGAGAGCAAGACGAACUCCACUCUCCUCCGCACUUAGCUCUCUCUCUCUCUCUCUCUCUGUCUCUCUCUCUGCGCAACUGCUCGACGAUGGAGUUCGAUGGCGGAGCCCUAACCGCUCCUCCUUCUUCUUCAUCGUCUUCUUCCCCUUCCGGAUUCUCUUAACAGGCUUCUGCUGCUCAUUGUAGCUGUUCGUUUGGAUAUUGGAUCUCGGAACGAGGAGUAAAGUAGAAGUUGGAGAUUCGAGGGAGUAUUUCUGGAAGAGUAAUGGUGGCGGUCGGUCUGCAGUAGAAUACAGUGAUGGAUGAUGCAGGAGGAUCGUUUGUUGCCGUCAGGAGAAUCUCUCAGAGCCUUGAUGGAAGCAACAUCAGCCAUUCUCCCUCUGUUGUGACAGGUUCAGCAGCAUGGCUUGGCCGAGGUCUUUCCUGUGUUUGUGCACAAGGGAGAGAUAGUGACCCGCAUCCAUCCUUUGAUCUUACCCCUGCACAAGAGGAGAGCCUGGAAAGGCUACAACGCCGCAUGGACAUUUCCUAUGAUUGCUCUAAUCCGGAACAUCAGGAUGCUCUAAGGUCAUUGUGGAAUGCUGCCUUUCCUGAAGAACAGCUACAAGGGUUAGUAUCUGAGCAAUGGAAAGAAAUGGGUUGGCAAGGGAAGGACCCGUCAACAGAUUUUAGGGGUGGUGGUUUUAUAUCAUUGGAGAACCUGCUGUACUUUGCCAGAAAUUUUCCAAAAUCUUUCCAGGAUCUGCUUCUGAAGCGUGAAGGUGUUCGGUCAGCUUGGGAAUACCCCUUUGCAGUAGCAGGGGUGAACAUCACGUUUAUGCUUAUCCAAAUGCUUGAUCUUGAAGCAGUGAAACCAAGAACUAUUGCCGGAGCAAAUUUCUUGAAGUUUCUUGCAGAAAAUGAAUCAGCUUUUGACCUUCUCUAUUGCAUCACAUUCAAGAUAAUGGAUCAGCAGUGGCUUUCAAUGCGUGCAUCGUACAUGGAAUUUAACGUGGUGAUGAAAUCCACCCGCCAUCAAUUGGAAUCCGAGCUCAUGCUCGAAGAUGUGACGCGACUUGAAGAAUUGCCCUCCUACAGUGUCCUCACCCGUUAGCUUAGUUGCUUCCAAUAGUCAACAACCAUCCCAUACAGUUGACGGUUUCCUGCAGAUAACUCGGGCAGUCCUCUCUCUCUCUGUGUACGGCCCAAAUCCUUCCCCAGCUAUAUGAAACUGAAUUGAUUCUGGGUGUAUUUUAUACCAUGGGUUCGCAUUCAGAAUUUGCUUUUACCCACGCUCACCUUGAUUCAUAGGAUUACGAGGUACUUUACACCAUCAGCCUCGUGUUUUCUGUA